UGAACUCGGCUCUCUCCAGGUUGUCCUGGAAGCGCGCCCGCAGCUCCUCCACACGAUCAAUCUGAAAUAACAUGGACAAACUGAAUCAUACAUGCCAUUAAUCAAAAAGGGAGAGCUGUCCAUCAGAAAGGAGAGCGGCCAGCAGCUGUGUGUAGCUGUGAGUGAGUGAAGCCUGUCCCACAGAUCGUUACGAGCCUCUGUCAAAACGCAAGACAGUGUUUCACCAGGCCGCUCCGCCCCCCGCAGAGACGCAACGGCGCGCCUGUUGAGCACAGAUGACUUGGAGAGCUUGGAGAGUUGUUGACCGUCUGUAAUCGGAUUAUAUGACCCGGAGAGGACACGGGCUGCGGCUCUUCAGCCGGGAAGCAAAGAGACAGGCCUGCCCUUCCUGCUGUCUGGAUUUAUUUCUUUCUCUUUUUCCAGAAUGCCACUCUUUAUAAACCGGGAUCAAAUAUUUGCGCAUCAAGUGCAUCUGCUGGAGCACAAGCUGAGGAGCAAAGAGGAGCGCAUACUGGAGCUGGAGACUGAGAAUGCCAUUCUUCAUUUAAGACUUGCCGAGUGUCUGGGGAAAUUGCGUCGAGAGAAGGAGGAAGAAACUAAGGCUCAGAAAAACCAUCAGAACCAGAAGAAUUCACAGAAGAUAACCCAGUCAGCAUUAGCCAAGCUCCUGUCUGAAGUCCAGGCUGUGAAGCAGGACUUGAGUGAGGUUUUCGGCGUGUAUGUGAACUUUGCCACCGAGCUGCAGGAAAAGAGCAAAGAGCUCCAAGAGAAGGUCGAACAUGCCAGCUCCGUCCUAAAGGGUCACCGCGGAGACGACGUCCAGAGUUUGCAGGAUCAUGUGGCAGCUCUGGAGUGCUCUCUGGAGGAAGAGAAGCAGAAAUGCAGGGAAGAGAGGCAACGGAGGAGAGAACUUCACAACACACUGGUGGAGCUGAGGGGGAACAUCAGGGUUCACUGUAGGGUGCGUCCAGUUCUACAUUUUGACCACGUGCAGCCGUCCACCCUUACAACAGGGCCUGCAUUGUCAGAGGAAGUGGUUUAUGCAGUCAGUGAUGACACAGUGUUAGUGAAUUGCAUGAAGACAGGCAUCCCGGUGCAAAACAAGAUGUUUGAGUUUGAGAGGGUGCAUGGACCAGAGGAUUCCCAGGAUGCCGUGUUUGAGGAAGUCAAGCCACUCCUUACAUCUCUGCUGGAUGGGUAUAAUGUGUGUAUCAUGGCAUAUGGGCAGACUGGCAGUGGGAAAACACACACCAUGAUGGGCUCUCAGCCCAUGAAGGAGGCCCAACAGGGCAUCAUUCCCAAAGCUGCUGCUGAGCUCUUCAGGCUGAUCUCUGAGAAGCCUGCGGAGAGCCACACGGUAGAAGUGUCAGUGAUGGAGGUGUACAACAAUGAGGUGUUUGACCUGCUGGCCCGAGACGAAGACAGAAACUCCGUGGACCAGCGCAGGGACAUCAUCACCACCUCCACCGGUACCAGCCAGGUCACCGCCCUCACAUAUGAGCCUGUGUCUAGUGCAUCUGAGGUGAUGCAGGUGAUCAGUGGUGUCUUGAAGCUCAGAGCUCGCUGUCCCACGCUGGUCCAUACCGACUCGUCACGCUCUCACCUCAUAGUCACACUCACCAUCUCCUCCAACAGCCCCAACGCUCUGGCCCUGGCCCGUAGGCUACAGAGUGCCAAGAAGGACAUGCAGCGCUCCACCCAGAGGGAAUGGUGGAGUCCCCGCUGUCGCCGUGCCAACCCUUCCGCCCGCCUCUCAUCCGAUGAGCUCUUUGCAAGCCCCGCCUCCUCCCCAUGCCACUCCCCUUGCCACUCCCCCUGCCCCUCCCCGAGGCCCAGCAUCUCCCAGGCUCCGUUCAAGACCAAGCUACAGCUGGUGGACCUGGCGGGGAGCGAGUGUGUCGGUAUGUCUGGAGUUUCUGGUGCAGCUCUGUGGGAGACGUCCUGCAUAAACCGCAGUCUGUCUGCCCUGUCAGACGUCCUGGGAGCCCUUGCCGAGCAAAGACCGCACGUCCCAUACAGGAACAGCAAGCUCACACACCUGCUGCAGGAUGCCAUAGGUGGCGAUGCCAAGCUGCUGGUGAUGCUGUGCGUCUCUCCCACCCAGCGCUUCAUUACUGAAUCUCUGCAGUCGCUGGGAUUCGGCACCCGGGCCCGGCAGGUCCAGAAGGAAAUGCCAAAAAGGAAGAAAACACCCUUAAAGUGAAGUGAGACAGAGAGAAACGACAAGGGUGUGUAGGGAUCACUGCCUGCAGUUUUGUUCAUUUAUAUGUUUAUAUGUUAUAUGAGUCUGUAUAGUAUACAUAUCUAUAAAAACUCAUUUUGUAGCAUUGGUAUUAUAGGGUAUCUGCAGGUCAUUGAAACGUCUGGAAAAAAAAAUCUUAAAAUAAGUCAUCUAAAUUUAAGGCCUUAAACAAUGCAUUCUACAUACCUGCUAUUCUUAUUCAGGAACAUGAGGGGGCUGGAGCCUGUCCCAGCAUGCACUGGGAGACACCCUGGACAGGUUCCCAGUCCAUUACAAGGCUGACAUCUUGCCAGACAAACAAGCAAACAAACAGACACACUCAUACCUCUGGGCAAUUUAGAGUCCUCAAUUCACCUGCUUGUCUCCGGACUGUAGGAGGGAACCCACGCAAACAUGCAAACUCCACACAGAGAAGGGCCAGGGCCAAGAUUUCAACCCAGGACCUUUUAUCUGUGAGGUGACAGUGCUAACCGCCGAGCCACACGGCUACACUCAAACAGAACGCUUCAACAGUUUCUAUGUGCUGCGUGUCCAUUUUUAGAUCAGUACAGAAUAGGGUAGUUCAAAAUGCUAAGCACUUUUUAAACAGCGUCACUACACACAAAUGGACUUCAUGCUCUUUAGCAGUGAAUUUCAUGGCAUCUUUUGCUCUCACACUGCCUAAUUAAAGUCUCAUAACUUUAAUUAGCAAUGUUCAAUCAGGAAAUGGCAGGUUUUUGCCAGCAGUGUUUCUAUAUUUUGAUUUUUAAAUUGAUCUUUGCAACAAUAAAUUCGUAAAAAGUCAUAAAUUUGGCUUUCUGAAACUAGCAGAUACAGAUAAUAUUUAGAAUCUAAUAAAUACUCAUUUACAUGGUGGUGAAUAGAUUUGAAUGACAGUGAUAUUGUUAUGCUGGAUAUAGACAUAGUCUAUGUUGGGUUUCAAUUCAUCACAGUCCUUUUUUCACCACUAAGCUGUAGUUUAUGUCACUAGUGAAUAGUGCAAAGGCUUUUUGACUUUAGUGGUUGUCCAUGCACUUUGUUAUAAUCUAUGUCCGUGCUUGUUGCCCAUGCCAUGCCUUUUUCCUCAAAACCUUGCACUUCUUCUAGUAUUUUGGAUGCAUCUAUGAUUUACACACUUUUGUUGCAUUCUGAACCUGUAAUGUGGAUGGAUGGAUGGUAUUCCUCACCCGUGUAGUUAAACUUCACAAAUCCUUCAAAUGCCUUUAUAGAGCCGAUUGAGUAGACAAAGGUGUCAACGUGACUAUGAAAUAAAAAAAGAUUUUCCGAAGA